UCGCGAUUUCAAAUAGACAAUUAACUCUAUUUUUAUUCACACAAAAUAAUUCAACUCUGCUUAAGCAAGCCACUGACCAACCCUAAGGAUUCCCCACCAAACCCCUCGGCAUUGGUUCCCUUCCAGCAGCAACAAAUAACCUUAAUUGCAUCGCAGAGCCUCACUAACCCGCCUUCCCCUUCCCCCCUUUUCCCCACGCCCCUCAUCAUGGUCAUCAAGAAGCGCUGUCUCCUCUGGGACUGGACCAACACAGCCCACAUGCCCGAAGCGAUAGAACGCAUCAACUUCAACGGCGCCCUCUCCUCCUGCGCCAACUGGAACGCCUGGGCUCCCCCGGAGCUACAAGGCCGUCUACCCUUCCGCCCCACCGUCCGCGGUCUCGAGCAGCUGACUUCUCCGCAAGAAUGGGCCAUGAUACAGAACAACGAUCAUGCCAUCCUGCACUUCUUCAAUGAGCCAGAGCGGGCCGGUAUCUCCCCGCGAGACGCUGUUCGCUGGUGGUGCGAGAAGAUGGUCCCGCUGCGCAAAGCUACCGGGAAGCAGAUCAUCGGUCCGGGCUGUGCUAGCGAUGCUGAGGGCGAGGCAUGGCUCGCGGCGUUCAUGGAAGGAGUGGAGGCUGUGGACGAGCCCCCAGAUUAUCUAGGCGUGCAUUAUUACGGUGCGGAUGGCGGGGCGGCAAUCCGGUAUCUGGAGAUGAUGCAUGAUAGGUACCCGCGAUAUCCCAUGGUGGUGUCAGAGAUAGCGUCGAUAUCGAGGGUGAAAAAGGAGGUGUUUGCUUUCACGGCCCAGGUGGCCAACUGGAUGGAUCAGUGUCCGUGGAUCUUUGAGUAUGCAUUCUUCGGCUGCAUGCGCGGGCUUGCGGAUGAUUUUGUGAGCCCGGAGGCACAGUUGAUGAAUUCGGAUGGGACAAUGAGGUACUUGAUGAAGAAGCUGAUGGAGGAGCAGCCGAUAAGACCGAUUUGAGGGGUGAGAUUGGAGGCUCAAUUCCAAUGGGGGGAUGGCUGACGGUAGGUAUGUAGUAUGAUUUAAGCCCGGAUUAUACACUGAGCCGGACAGAGCCAAAGAUUGAGGGAAAGCAUUAAGCCAGAGGUUGGGCCAGAGGUUGAGCCAAAGCAUUGAGCAUAGCAUCUGAUAACGUCAGAAGGAUUGCAAAAACAUUAUCUUCCAGGGGCAACAAGGGAAGACGAGAGCAGGGGCGGUGCCAAAUUGAGGCCAUCGGUCACUAGUCAC